CAGCCAGCCAACAUCAUCGUCAUCACCUUGACUCUGCUGGAAUCAGCAUCAUCAUCAUCAUCAUCGACACCUUGACGCAUCGACGACAAGCGACCACGACGCUUUGACGCCGCACUCGCCCUUCCUCUCACUCCCCCCCUUCCUUUAUUACUCCACUGUCCCUCUCUUGAUGCCCAUCCUUCGCUCCAAAAAGCCAUCCGCCGCAUCACCACUACCAAACUCGCCCUCUCUGGCAGAACACGCUCUCUCAGUCGCAGCCGCCCCCUCCCAGUCCGCAGCCCCAAGCUCGCCAUUGAAAGAAAGCGGUGGGCCCCUGUUCCCGGCAAAGUCGUCUACAACUCCGCGCCUCCUUGUUACCGAGGACUGGAGCAACGAUCCAGAAUCCCCAAACGAAAUCAACGUUCGUACAACAAUGAGCGGACAUCCAGACACAGAAAUCUCCCUCACCUCACCGACUGCAGCUUCCGAGGUCCGCUACGAUGGCCGACACUCGCGGCGCGAGUCUCUGGUGCAGAGGGUGACGGACAAGUUGAACUCGCCUGCCAAUGGCGAGGAGAAGAAGCGUCGAUCUCGUCGGUCGCGCCGUGCCUCGACAUCUUCCGCCGUUUCUCAAGGUCGUACCAUUUCCACCGCUUUGGCUAAGGGUGCCAAUGGUGGUCUGAGCGCCGGACAGGCGGAAGACGUCAUUGGCAAGCGAGCCGUGUCCACUGGCCGCUCCCCCUACCUGAUCCGAGCCGCCCAUGGCGACGACAGUGACGAAGGGUACGGGUCAGAAGAUGACAGUGAACACGAGAGCGACAAUGAGGGGCUUGACCACCUCCCUGUCACAGGCUUUGCAGUCGCAAGCAACCGACGCAAUGCCGAGUUCCACGCAUUGUUCCCCACAGUCGACGAAGGCGACUAUUUGAUUGAAGACUAUGGAUGCGCUCUUGCAAAGGAUAUCCUCGUCCAUGGUCGGCUCUACGUCUCCGAGAACCAUAUCUGCUUUCAUUCCAACCUCUUCGGCUGGGUGACAGAUGUUGUCGUCCCCUUUGCCGAUGUUAAGACAAUUGAGAAGAAGAUGACGGCGUUGGUCAUUCCUAAUGCGAUCGGGGUGGUCACCAGCAAGGAGAAGGUCAGUACCCAUCGUCUGUCGAGGCCAUACGCUCCAGCUGCUAAUGCCUCCCAGUACACGUUUGCCUCGCUGAUCUCACGCGAUUCGACCUUCGAUGUGCUCAUGAACAUCUGGCGCAUUGCUCAUCCCGACGAUGUGAUGGCACCGUCAGUCGCAAAUGGUGCCUCGCGACCGCCGUCGAUCACGGACUGUGAAGCCCCCCAGGCUAUCGCUACUCAUCGGUCGACAGAGUGUGCUUGCGGCAAGGCAGGGACGCACUAUGCUGAGGUUGCUCUCGAUGCUGUCUUCCCAAGCUCUCCCGAGAAGGUGUACAACCUGAUUUUCAACAGUGGAUGGUUCAGGACCUUCCUGUAUGAAAACCAGAAACUCAAAGAUAUCGAGUCGUCCGACUGGCGGCCCGACGAGGAACAAAGGCUCACAAGGUCGAUGUCAUACAUCAAACCAUUGAACGGCUCAGUCGGUCCCAAGCAGACCAAAUGCCAGAUUGUCGAUUACCAUGAGCACUGCGACUUCGACGACUACAUUGCCAUGAUCACGACAACCAAAACGCCCGACGUUCCCAAUGGCAGUGUGUUCAGCGUCAAGACCCGCACAUGUUUCACCUGGGCUGGACCAGCAUCGACACGCGUCCUUAGGUGGAAUGGACUGGCAAAUCGCAUUAUCGAGCGAGGCGCAAUUGAGGGCCAGAAGCAAUUCCAUGACGACCUUGCUACUCAAAUGCGGGCGCAUAUGAAGGAACACCCCACCGAGUUCGCUGUGGCUGGUGCGGAUCACAUCGAGGAGGCGGAAGUAGAAGUCGUCUCUUCUCCCACUGGGACAACGGAAGCUCAACAGUACGCUGCCGAAGCGCGCCGAGCGAGGCAAGAUCGCGACUACUGGGUCCUUCAGGGCUCUCUCGACUCGGUUCUUUCCGGAUUCAAGUCCAUCGCAAGCGGCGUUAGCACUGCAGCUGAUGCAGUCGGCGACUUGAUUGGCGACUGGCCUAUCAGCAAAGGAACGUUCAUGGUCAUCAUAAUUGUGGGCCUCAUGUUGUCGAACAUCUACACCUACCUGGCGCGUCCUGUCUCGCAGCACAAGGUCAAACGACUCCAGCGCCUGGGGCCCAACGAGGAGGAUAUCGCGGAAGCUGUACGUCUUAUCCUCGCGAAGCGUGCGGCAACGACGCCAAAGGACGAGAUUGCCGAGCUCUUGCGACUGCUCGACGAAGUUGAGGCUCGUUCUGCCAAGUUGCGCUCUUCCCUUGAGCAAAGCUCGUCCACACUUGGACAGUCUAGCUUAGAGGAGCUCGACUAGUUGUCGCCCGCUCAUGCCAUGGGAGGUUGUAGUGGUCAUGCCGGUCAUGUGUAUAUCAUUUGAGGUCUGU